AUAGAUACCUCUCAUUGAGUGAUGUACCAAAAGAAGUGCUACAGUUAGUGGGAAUAUGUUCAAUGCUCAUAGCUAUCAAAUUUGAAGAGAUAUCACAUCCUGAGGUACCUAGCAGAAAACAAUACUUUGUUGGGUCAAUGCCUUCUUGGAUAUAUCAGCUAAUGCUUAUAACAGAAAUCAGUUUAUUUCAAUGGAGAAAGAUAUUAUUCAAAAGCUACGAUGGAAUUUUACAGUUCCUACACCCUAUGUAUUUUUAGUUCGACUUAUCGGAGCCUCUAUUGUGCAAGAUAAAGAGAUGGAGCACUUGGCAUUUUACAUAGCAGAACUUGGUCUUCUUCACUAUCAAGUAUUUUUAUAUUCCUCUUCAAAUAUUGCUGCCGCAGCUGUUUAUUCUGCUCGUUGUAUACUCAAUAGGAUUCCACAUUGGACUCAAAAUCUACAUAUCCUAUCCGGUUACUGCAAACAUCAGAUAAAAGAUUGCGCUAAGCUAUUAGUGAGGAUACAUGCAAAUGUAGCAGAUAAGAAAAACCAAACAGUAUAUUUCAAAUUCUUAAAUAGUAACAAAGGUCAUAUUGCUCUAUUACCACAGCCACAUAACAUCGAAGAAAGAUUGUAGAAACUUCCAAGAAGAAUAUUUUUUUUGUUUAUGCUGAAUC